CUCGAAACCCGGCCUUCUCCUGACAACCACAACAAUGACGACGAGUAUACAUUUUGGCUGAACUAUGGCCAGAAGGCGGCCGACUGGCCAAUUGGUCAGCCAGUGCCCUUGCCGAAAUGGGGUAGUUCAAGGCCACCCCUUACGGUCAGCUCCAUUGAGGAAUAUGAAGAGCUGACCAGACAAUUUGAAAAUGAAGUACAGACUUUACUUCAGGCAUAUAAUUAUGACUCAACAACAAACUUCAUCAAAUUUUAUAAUGAAUACAAAAAUGGAAAAUGUGAUACGUUGGAGAACUUCUUUAGGGAAUAUAAACCACCAUUAACUAAAAAUGCAAAUACUUGUGUGGGACUUGGUUUAUUAUUGAUUGGGAAAUUAGCGUUGUUGGAAAACAGAUUUCCUGGUGUUAAAGAUAGUCUUUAUUUGGUAUCUUGUGAAGAAUCUAUAGAGAGUCAUGAAGGAUACAUAAGUAAUGACUACCCAGACCCAUGGGUAAGUGAUAAAGAACAUGUUAUGGUUGCUAUGCAAAUUGAAAUCAAUGGUCGUGGUGGUGUGAUAUUGCUGGAUCCAGGUUAUCAAAUUGGAAGAGUCGUAACUGUAAUGAUUGAUCAACAAUAUCCUCAUACUGGUCGUUUUGUGCCAUCAUCUUGUCCGCAAAAAGAGUAUUGUUAUCAAACAAUGGUUGGUGAAAAGUAUGUGCAAUGGUCCGUAUGGAAUGGAUCACCAAAACCAGAAACCAACUUGGUAUAUAUAGGGGCGUCUUAUCAUUCACCAGUGUCUGUCACUGAACGUCGAAAUUUAGUUUACAACUUUAGAAGCUUAUUGGCCACUGAUAGAAAAGGUCAUUUAUUGGCUGGUGUCUAUUUUAAAGCAGCGUUACAGUCCACAUUUACAUUGUUUUGUGAUGAUGACCAAGAUUCAACAAUUAAACACCGAAUUAAAGUUCCAUCUGCUAAAUUUAUUACAUUAAAUGAAGUUGAUAAUGAUGUCGAGAAGAUAUUAGAUACAAGUAGUAAACAUCUUAAGAUGACGAAGGUUCAGUUUUGUAAUAUAUUGUCUGCACUUGCAAAAAUAUUAGAAGACAAAGAUUUUCUCGAUCAAAUGUGCAAAAUUAAUGAUGAUAUAUACAAACUUGGAGUUGAUGAAAAUAACAAUAAUGAAGGCGUUAAUAAUUACAAUUUAUCCGGUUAAUUUAGCAUU